UUCGGUGCUGUGCUCCCGAGUCAUACUAGACAAACUAAGUUAGGCUGGAUGUGAAGCCUAGGCAGUCUACCUUAGAAACUCAUCCCGUUAAGGAUAUUGGGACCGGAAAGCGUGCAGUCCCAGAUUCCUCCUCAUCUCUAUUUCCAGGAUUUUACACGUUUUCCGUAGGGGAAUCACGCACUAGUCAGAGGAUCAGAAGAGCUCUUUCCACCCUAACCGGAUUCCUGCGGGGAAAGGAACUCAAGCGUCCAGAGACUGCAGCGGGUCCUUCAUUCCGAGGAGACCUAUAUAAAAGUGGGGACUUUUUGGAGCUUUUGCCGGACAACAGGAGCAAGCAAAAGCAGGAGCUGUCCAGCGCUGAGAGACAGGAAAGGUGACCAUGGCUAAGGAGUGGGGCUACGCCAGCCACAAUGGUCCUGAGCACUGGCAUGAACUUUAUCCAAUCGCCAAAGGGGACAACCAGUCACCCAUUGAACUGCAUACUAAAGACAUCAGGCAUGACCCUUCUCUGCAGCCUUGGUCAGUAUCUUAUGAUCCUGGCUCUGCUAAGACCAUCCUGAACAAUGGGAAGACCUGCAGAGUUGUGUUUGAUGAUACUUUCGACAGGUCCAUGCUGAGAGGUGGGCCUCUCCCUGGACCCUACCGACUUCGCCAAUUCCAUCUUCACUGGGGCUCCUCCGAUGACCAUGGCUCUGAGCACACAGUGGAUGGAGUGAAGUAUGCUGCUGAGCUUCACCUGGUUCACUGGAACCCGAAGUACAACACCUUCGGAGAGGCUCUGAAGCAGCCCGAUGGGAUUGCUGUGGUUGGCAUUUUUCUGAAGAUAGGACGGGAGAAAGGCGAGUUCCAGAUUCUCCUUGAUGCCCUGGACAAAAUUAAGACUAAGGGCAAGGAGGCUCCUUUUAAUCACUUCGACCCAUCAUGCCUGUUCCCUGCUUGCCGGGACUAUUGGACCUACCAUGGCUCCUUCACCACGCCGCCCUGCGAGGAGUGCAUCGUGUGGCUGCUACUGAAAGAGCCCAUGACAGUGAGCUCAGACCAGAUGGCCAAGCUGCGUAGCCUGUUUGCCAGUGCAGAGAAUGAGCCCCCGGUGCCUCUGGUGGGGAAUUGGCGCCCUCCUCAGCCGAUCAAGGGCAGGGUGGUGAGGGCCUCCUUCAAGUAAGGCUCUGGACGAGCCCUCUUCAGGAAAGGAAUUCUGCCCCUGAAGAGCUAGCUUGCCUCCUCCUGGUGCUCCCUGCUCCAAGCUAUCCUACAACACUGAGAGAAAGAAGAGACGCAGUCAGAUGAAACCGCAGUGCCUUUUGACAUGAUCUAACCCAGAAGCAUGAAUUUCACACCUAACCUUUUUAAUAACUACCUUUUGUAAAAAAAAAUUAGUAUUUCUAGUAUAAGUUCAGUGAAGAAGAAAUAGAUGGAAAAAUUACGACAGUGACAGUGGCUUAUUAAGCAUAUUAAGUUUCUCAGAAUCUCAGCACUCCUGUUUUCAGGCUGAGUUACUGACACGUGAUGGGUGCAUGCUAUGUAUGUGGGUAUGGAGGCAUGUGCCCACCUUACCACAUUUGAGUGAAAGCACAAGUUAAGACCACUGUAGAUUUCAGAAGGUGAAUACAUAAUGUUUACCUCAAAUAAUACAUCGCUACUCUAUCACUUUUUAAAAAUUCGCCUACUACCAACUUCGCCUGGUUUUAAAUUACCGAUAAACACAAACCCAUAAGGCCAGGUCUUUUAAAUCUUUUGAUCCAGCAUUUAAAUUUCUUCUUCAUAAAGAUGGUUUUCUUUGCCCAAUCUAGGGUCAUUUAUUUUUUAUUUCACUACUUUAAUCUUUGCAUGCCUAUUAAAAACAAAGCAAAACAAACAAACAAAAAACAAA